AGUUUUGUGUCUCCAAAGCUGAAGAGUGUGUUGUUUACUUCCGAUCACAUUAUCAACCUUUGACCUCGCCGGCGGGUCUCAGCUGAAUGUUCGACUUGGAACUUACAGUAACAUGGACCUUUAGUUCAUGUGUGAGGUUGUUACUGAAACUGACACCAAUAGACUGUAUGUCAAUACCAUAGCAGCCAAGGCCUACGUCGUGCACACCUUGGUAUAGUGCAAAGUCGUCUAGUUAUAUGCUGGACUAUAGGUGAUAACUGAAGCCGACCAAGAAUGUGGUACGCAGUUCUUGGAGCUGUUGGUAUUUUCUAUUACAUUUGGAGAACUGUGAGAUCUUCACCUGAUUACCAAAACAAGGAUACAUCCAUCGAUGCUUUCAUCGACACUGACAUCAGUCAGCCUGAUGCUACAAGGGAGAACUGCUCUAGAGAGAAUCAGUACUGCAGGAAGUACGAUGUGAUCGGCAGGCAGAUUUUGGUGCUGUAUGGAACAGAGUAUGGAUUCAGUGAAGAACUGGCCCAAACCUUGUUCAGCAAAUUAUGUGAAGUGGAACUGUCAAGCCAGCAUGAGUAUCCAUGGCAACCAAGGCUUGUUAAUGUUGGAGACUAUUCCUAUGUUGACCUGAAUACUGAACAGUUGUGUUUGAUCGUCAUCUCAACCAGUGGAGAUGGUGUACCUCCUUCAGAAGCCCGUCCGUUUUAUGACAGCUUGCUGGCCAGGACUGAGUCACUUACACAUCUCAACUUCUCCGUCCUGGCCCUGGGGGAUUCCAACUAUCCCCACUACUGUCAAACUGGGAGAACAGUCGGUGCCAAACUUCUAGAACUCGGUGCCAUGGCAAUUGUAAAGUGCCAGGAUGUAGACCAGGAGGAGUGGUCAGUGAUUGACCAAUGGAUGAGUGAUGUGUUGGCAGCCUUGGCCAAUGUCACCGUGACCCCGAGCCUUGACUACAUUGACAUUGGGCCAUCAGGCGUGGACACAGGCUUCAACAGACACAAGCCUUACAUGGCCAAACUUGUGACUAAACGCCAGCUGACGGCCGUGUCAGACCCCGAGGACAAACAGACUGUCCAUCUGAAGUUCCAUGUGGGCGAUAAUCUUGUCUGGACAGCAGGAGAUGCUGUAGGGAUCUACCCACAAAAUGAUCCAGCACAUGUGGCGGCCAUCUUGUCAACCCUGGGGGUGCCUCCUGAGAUGUAUGUAGACACUCCCCACUGGGCUUAUGAGCCAGCACCAGACAAGGUGAGCGUGAAGGAAUCACUCCUGCGGUAUUAUGACAUCAAGCAUGUUCCACCAAAGCUGCUCCAGUUGAUACACAGUAAAGGCAGCAACCACACAGACAGCCUUCAGAAGCUUCUGGACAAAGGGUUGUCCAAGAUGAAUACUGCAUUACACAGUUACCUGGAUGAGAGAGAGGUGAGGGACAUUGUUUCUGAGUUUGUGUCUGUCGGGCUCACACUGCGUGACGUUCUCACCUGCUUGCGUCCACUGCAGCCAAGAUACUACUCUAUAUCAUCCUCCCCUCGUGUGGACAGUACAACUCUGUGUGUUACGGCAGCAGUUGUCCGAUAUGAAACUCUGGGUGUGUCAAGGUCAGGGGUGACGACCUGUGACCUCCAGGAUCGAGUAACCGUUGGAGACCCGUGUCCGGUGUUCAUCUGCCCAAAUGAUGACUUCCGGCUGCCUCAAGAUGUUGCUGCUCCCAUCAUCCUCAUUGGUCCCGGAACUGGACUAGCUCCCUUCCGAGCCUUCAUACAGGAACGAGAACAUGAAGCAGCCCAUGGCAAGAUUUCCCUCUACUUCGGCUGUCGUGGCAGAGACAAAGACUUCUUGUACCGUGAUGAACUUGAGAGGCUGUCAACAGCAGGUGUUAUCCGACUGAGGACAGCUUUUUCACGGGAGGGACAGAACAAGGUGUAUGUCCAGCAUCUCCUGGAGGAGGAUGCCCCACUCAUCUGGAGCCUCGUCAGCCAGGAAGGUGCCUACAUUUACAUUUGUGGGGAUGCAAGGAACAUGGCUCGUGAUGUACAUGUGGCUCUCAUCAAUGUUAUACAAGGUCAAGGUCGCAUGUCAGAGGUCAAGGCCAUCCAGUAUCUUGCUGACCUUGAGAGAUGUGAGAGAUACCAGAAAGAUGUCUGGGUCACGUGACAUUGCUGGAUUUGUGUGAACCUGUUUCUCUCAAUUUUGUGCCAAAUAUUGAGUCUUGCCAUAUAUGAUUAUAAGAUCAUUUUAGUUACUUGGGGUCUUAUUUCUGUGAAGCGGAAAGUCUUCCCCUUCACAGGAUGUGGCCGAUAUUACAUGUCUUUCAUUUUAAGAUUAUAUUUUAUACACAUGAGUAUUAAUUAAGCACUCUGCAAACUCACAUAUAUAAAAUGACAAAUCGUGGUCUGAACCCAAUUUCACAUCUUUGGUCUUACCUUGAUCACAAAGUGAGAGCAAGACACCCUCCAGUUCAAAACCUGAGUGAACCGAUCCAGGAACUGCUUUGCUUGUUUAUUGUUUAACGCCGCACAAUAUGGCUGAGGUCUGUAAAUUAUUGAGUCUGGACAGACAAUCCAGGGAUCACCAUGACGAACAUUGACCUAUACAGUUGGGAUACAAUGGGUUGCUGAAGACCCAAUUCUCACCUGGAUCUUCACAGAUCAAGGGAUUGCACCAGGAAUGGCAAAGGAUUCCAAGGUUGAAAAUAAGAUGUCCAAUCACAAGCUUGAAAAGACACCUUGAGAAAAUCUUCCUUGAGAAAGUCAGACAUUCCAGGUACUGCUGUGGAGUCGAAAGCAGAUAGUAACUGCUUUCUAUCUGCAUGAAUGUGGGCUAUAGACGCAUUCAUGGUGUGGGAGGCUGGUGCUCAUAGAUUUCUAG